AUGGAGUCUGCAAAUUUUCCUCAUCUUCAUCAGCUCCAAGAACAGUUUGCCGAGUAUUUUACUUCAGCAAAUCAAUCCGGAUAUAAAGCUUCAAUCACCCAUGACUGGAACCCAAGCAUAGUUUUAAAUGAUAGUAACUACAAUAGCUAUCUGAGUGAGAGCGUCCCUAAUUCAAGAGAUUUAUGGCCAAAGUACUCGGUCGAUGAGCCUAUUCUUAGAUCUUCGGUGAGUCAAGACUUGAGUUUUUGCGAUGCAAAAACUACCCAACAAUCAGCAAACGAAGAACUGCACCUUGCAAAAUUCAAAGAAGAGAUGCGACCUGCAGCAGGCACUUUCACUAAAUUGAGCGAAAUUGUAUGCGACCUCUCUAAUGCAGAAGCAUCACAUCUGCUAACCCCAAAACAUGAACAGCAGUGUUCUUCUGAUUUAUUUGAGAAUAUCUGCCUCGGCAACUUCUCCGCUGGUGCUCAUAUUUCUGGACAACAGCCUAAUUCGGCUCGAGAUUUGUACUCCAAUAGACAGAACUCUGAAAGUUUUGGAGGUGUAGCUGGAUCCAACAGAUCAUAUAAUUUCAGUCAUGUUUUCCCAUCCUUUCCACCCUCGUAUUUUUCUUCUUCAUUAGCUUCAAAUUCUCUAGGCUUGAACUUGCAAACAUUGGAUCUCUUGACGUCCACCAAUACUGGUGGGAAUUUUAGCCAGCCUUCACACGAUAUUUUAGGUGUUCGUAAAGGAAGUGUAUCUCUAAGCCAGGAUCACAUGCAUGAACUGGAUGAUAGUCCAUCAAACAGCUCUAACAAGACGACAGCUUUCAUGAAUGAAGUUACAAGAGCAAAAAGACCUAGCCGUUCUUCUGAUCAGCCAAAAGAGUCUCAUGCAGAAGCUAAGAAGUCGCGAUCUGUGUCACGAUGCUCAUGUCCACCACUGAAGGUACGAAAGGAGAAACUAGGAGACAGGAUUGCAGCUCUUCAAAAGCUGGUGGCACCUUUUGGCAAGACAGACACAGCCUCAGUAUUAACAGAAGCAAUUGGAUACAUACAGUUCCUUCAUGAUCGAGUGCAGAACUUGAGCAUGCCUUAUAUGAGGUCUUCCCGCAGCAAGCCCAUAAUUAGAUCAGCCAUGCAACCGGGUUUGAGCAAGGAGGGAUAUGGAACUGAUCAUGAUCAAGCGAAGCCAGACCUUAGAAGUAGAGGGCUGUGCCUUCUGCCAAAAUCCUGUGCAUCAUAUAUAACUGGUUUUGAUGAUUAUCACUAA